UCAUAUCUGAAUCUUCUGCAGGUGCCACAAUCAGAUCGACAUAUGUUCGCCGAAUCCGUGUCCUGGAGGUUUCGACUGUAAAGUCACUGACGGCUCCAUCCACUGUGACCCUCUGCCUCAGAAGGUGAACCCGAUGAUCGGCUACGUGGAGAUCAUGGAGAUUAGUGCCAGCGUCCUGGGACUGCUCCUCCUGGUCAGCAUCUUUGUGUGCGUCAGGAAACGCUACGUUCAGAAUAAGAAGAAGAAGAAGCCGGUCUGCGUCCAGGACUCCAACGGUUAUUUCCACUCCAGUUUGGCCAAGAACCACAAACACGAGAACCCGGAGGGUCACCACAUCGAGAUGAGCUCACUCGUCUGUCCGAGCAACGACCUUGACCACACGCCGUUCAGGUCGCUCCGCCCUCGCAGCCAGGUCGGUCUGUCGGGCGGCGGGGUCUCCCCUCCGAAGACACAGGGGCCGGUCGUGUGCAGCGUGGCACCCAACCUUCCGGCGAGGCCGCCGUCGAGCUCCGACAACGACUCCAUCAGGAAGAACCACUGGGACAUGGACUAUGAAGUCUACCCUGCAGACCCCGACUACUAUGGCCGCCCGUCAGUCCAGGAGUUCCCCCAGUUUGACAUCGUCGAGGACACGUACUCCAACUCCACCGUGGAUUCGCGGAGGAACUCCCGGUUCGGUGGCUUCCCGUUCCCACUGGACCGCUGCGACCGCCGCGCGCCCCUCCCGCCAUGCUAUAGCAACCAGAACCUGGACCAGUUCCUGGGCCCCGACGGGCACCCGCUCCCCAGGUCCCAGUGCCCUAACGAGUACACGGCCAUCAGCUACUACCCCACCCAGAAGACCCGCAGCCUGGACAGCGUCUCGGGAGGAUACAAGAGGCUCAGCAUGCGCCUGAGCGUCGCCAUGCCGUCCUACGCAGAGCAGCCCGACCCACAACAACCGCCGCCGCCAAACGCUGCCCAGCCUCAAACGAGACCCACCGGUCAGAACCCGCGGAACUAUGACGGGUCCAGCAUGGUGGGCAGCGAUUACGGGAGCUGUGAGGAGGUGAUGUUCUAACACCGAGAAUCCCUGAACAAGCACAAGUGCAAACCAGCCGUCCACCGUCCUCCAAUCUCAGGCAGCUUUGUGUGCAAGUCCACGUCUCAGACGGAGAUGAAAGACAUUUAUUUCCAUUUUAUUCUUGAAAGCAGUGCAGUCAGAACGCCUGUGUUACCUCAGCAGAAGAAGAAGUUUGGGCAGACAUCCGUCUCGUUAGUCUGCCGCCGUCGAGAGGACUCGUUCAGUCGUAGUUUUUAAAUUGUGUGCAGUAUUACAGACUCGACUGUGGGCUGUUUCAAAGUCAAAAAAAGGCUAAACUUUUUCUUUUUCAAGCCUCAACAAAGGAGAACGUGAUUUCUCCUCUGAAAACAACCACAUCUGGCACAUUUCACUUCACAAAUCCACCUGUCAGACUCAAAGACACGAGUUUAAGCACUGCCAGACUGUGAUAUCAGUAUGCACUGUAUGAUAUGAGUGAAUGUAUGGGAGAGCGGGCGGAGGAGGAAAACACUGUUACCAUGACAGUGUGACAUUCUGCCCACACUGGCCACGCCACAAAUGUCUCUCUGAUGAAAUCCCGAUAAAGAGCCGAGACACAGAUGUUCGUUCCGCUGUGUGACGAGCGAAUCCAGGGCUUGAAAGUCCUGCUGAUGCAUGUUUGUGUUCCUGUGAGACGUAUGUGCUCGUAAAAGUGAAAAUGACAGAAAAAGAAAGGUAUAAUGGUUUAGUUCAGGGGGGGUUUGAAGUGGGUUUGCCCCCCUGCAUCAAGAACCAGCAGCUGUUUACUCCUCGCACCAAAGUCCAUAGAGAAAAUCAACGAUUUUAGAUCACAGCACCCAGGAGUGGUUGAUCCACUGCUGCCUCCGUCACUAAGUUCUUAUGUGUUAUUAAGUAAAUUCUGUGUUUAAAAUCCUUUGUUCAGAUUUACUUCAGUAAUAAAAACUGACCACACGAGGCAGCAGUGGACCAGCAGCUCUCGUGUUCCCAAGAGCUUAAAUCCCUCAUUUUCUCUAUGGACUUUGGCGCAGAAGAGUAAACUGUAACAAACUUCAGUUUUGUGUUGGAGAAAUGCUGAUUUAGACUUUGCAGAUUUAAACGGGUGUAGAUUUUAUGAGUUCAUAACCUUUAUGAGGUUAUGAACUAUCCCUUUUUUAAAGUGCAUCUGACACGAGCACAUUUCACUCACUCAUUCAUCAGCUCACUGUUGUUUAUUGUUGUCGUCUGUAACAAUGAAGGGGGCUGGAUCCUCAGAGAGAAUAAAGAAAGAAACACAUAAACAUUAGUCGAUGUAAUUUCAACUUUAACAGAGUUUAAACUGUUUGUUCCUGUAAAUUCUGUGGUGAUUUCAAUGUGCGAGUGUGAACAAGAUUACAGUGUUUUCUUUGGACGACGUGUGUUCUGUGAUAAAAGGAACCCUGAAUGUGAAGUGGUGUCUGCAGCAGUGGAAAAAAAAUAUAUAUAUCUAUGCGGUCGUUUUAAAUGGUUUAAUGCGCACACUUCACAUAAAAGAGCUUUGCUGCAUAUUUGAAAAAACAAUUAUUUAACCGCAAAAUAACAACUUAUUUUACCCCCAAAAACAUAUUAUUUUACCCCCCAAAAAACAUGUAAUUAUACAAAAAGCGGCAAUUCUUAAUUUACUUUUCCCAAAAACACAUAUGUUACUAUGUGCUUACAAAUUGUCUUUACUUUUUUAAAAAUAUUGUUGCUAAGACCAAGGAAAUUUCGUAAGUAUGUUACAAGUACAAAAAAAAACCCACUAAACUGUGAAACAUCACAUAAAUCCUGACAUAUAAAUAUGUAUAACAAAUAAAGAAUUUCAUGGUCUAAACAUUUCAUGUGAGAAAUAAUAAAAAGAUACAACAAAAGAGAAAAGUGUUGAAUCAAAACUAAUGAUGCAAUUUGCUAAUGAAUUAUAUUUGUUUAAUUUGGUCAAAUUUCAUCUCCUCUUUAUUCAAAAUUUGAAAAAGUAAGAAUUACCUGCAGCAUCAUUAUUGUUGUUGUUGUUGUGGUCGUGUGGGUAAUAGUAGAUAAUUUGUGUUUGUGUUUAUCUGAGAAUUUUUAUUUUCUUGUACAGAAACAGAUGAUUAUUAUCUACAGAUAUUGUGUUGUGUUGUUGUACAGUGUGUAGCUGUGGUUCUGCUGUUGUUUGUGACUUCACUUGAAUGUAUGUCAGCCUUCAUUCAUUCAUAAAGUUUAUUUUUGUAUUAAUGUGGGACACCUCCCCCCAUGUUUUGCUCUGU